AUGUCAGAGCCGAUUGCAGCUGUCGCGGCCAUCCCAGCCUCUACCGUGGCUUUCGUCAGCGCAGAGGAGUCCAGCCAAGCAGCGAGCGCAUGCCUCAUUCAGCACAUCCGCCAGACCCUCCAGAAAGCACAGGAGAUCACACAGGUGGUUUCCGAGGCCGAAAGCAUUGCCGAGGAUGCCCAAAAAUUCUGCGAAGCCAUCCAGGCCCAACAUACCGUGCAGUCCAAGAAGCUCGCUCUGACAGGGAAGCCGUCCGCCCCUGUGCCCUUGGCCGCAAGCCUGACCCGAGAGAUCCAGAGCUCUGUGGUGUGGACGCAGUCCCUCCUUCAGGCCUGCAAUGUGGCAGAGAGCGCUGCGCCAGUUGAGAGGGGCUCGCAGCUGCAAUUCACCCAGUCUUCCGGUCCGAGUACGUCAUGA